UUUGAAACCAAAACAGGAAGUCGUAAGUAUUGUGGGACGUGUAGUUCCGCUUGUAGGCCGCUGGUCUGGAUAACAGCACACGAAGCAUCCAAACAAAACAAAAUUAAGAAAACUUCCAAUAGACUGCAGUAAUACUGGUGCAUCUUUUUCACGAUCAUGCCCGGCUUCACGUGCUGCGUGCCCGGAUGCUACAACAACUCGCACCGGGAUCGUGAUCUGCGGUUCUACACCUUUCCGAAGGACCCCACUCAGCGAGAGCUAUGGCUGAAGAACAUUUCGCGGGCCGGGGUGAGCGGCUGUUUCAGCGCUUUCCAGCCCACCACCGGACACCGAGUUUGCAGCGUCCACUUUCCCGGCGGCAGGAAAACCUACACCAUUCGCGUCCCGACGCUUUUCCCUCUGCGCGGGGUGAACGAGAGAAAGAGCAGGCGGGGAAGGAGCAGGAAGGUCUCCGAGGUCGUGCCCAUCAUCACCAACGUCGUUUCCACCGCUAACGAGUCAGCGCCAGUGGAGGAAGAGGGGGACUCACAGAACACCACCGUGGUUCAGAUAGGUCAGAACGGCCAGUACAUCACCCCCGUGGACCUCACACCUUCGGGAGACGGCUCCUGCCUCGCGGCGGUGGUCUCGGGAUCCAGCGGAAACCUGACCGGAGGCAGCGCGUCUUGCCCCGUGGCCGAUCUCGUGCUGUGUGGGGUGGACCACUCGUACUCGCUCACCACCGGCACAACGUCCGCUGAACUGCUGCGGAAGCUGAACGAGCAGCGGGACAUCAUCGCGCUGAUGGAGGUCAAAAUGAAGGAGAUGAAGAACACCAUCCAAAAGCUGCGGGUCAACGAGGCACGGCUGCAGGAGGAGCUCCGGGAGCGGGACCGUCUGAUCUCCGCCAACAGCAUCAUCAAGAGGAAACUGUGACGAACGACGCGGAGAAACGACGGACUAAAGACGCAAAGCACUGUCGG